CAGUUCGAUGUCACCGUUGAAUUCCUUUUGCAGAUGGCCAACUACCUGACGGAGCGCCAUACAUCCCAGCUCAGGGCACAGAUGCUGAAGGCAGCUGCCGGUCGGGGUUCCAGCGCUCCGUCGCCUGUCCCUGGCGCCGAUGCUCCCGGGGCCCACCCGGCAACGGCAGAACCCAUGAGACGCACCAAUUCAGGGGCCGGCCGCGCCCCUUCCGCGCUUUCGAUGCGCAAGGAGACCGCCACGCCUCUUGCGAAGAACCUGGCGGAAGCCAGCGGGGCCGCCGCCGGACCGUCAGUUAGAACGGCGUUUCCCAGCCGGCCCGGAAGCACUCGAAACUCAUCGGCCAACACGCCGGUUCCUUCCCAGAACCCACCAAGUAGCAGGCCGGGGACAGCAACCCGAACGAGUGAUCCUCCAAGACGCCCGCUCUCGCACCUGCAAAACACGGCUGCCCACCAACAACAGCGCCUCGAACAACAGGACAACACCGGGGCACCACCGAGCCCGGCGGCGUCCACGUCCUCAUCCCCCAGCUCCUCCUCCGAGAGCCUCGUCGAGAGCCGCAUCAUCCGGCGCCCACCACGAUUCACCAAACCCAAAGACGUCCGGGGCGGCGGCAACAGCGACCGGCCGGCCGGCGACGAUGACGAUGACGAUGACGUCGAGGCCGCAUUCCUGCCACCUCAGAAGCACCAAGUCGAUUCCGCCCCUAGCCCGGUCGGCGGGAGCCAAGACCUGGGCGCAACGCUGCGCGGCGAUAUGCGCCAUCUUGUGGGCCGGCGCGGGGGGGAUGCUAACCAGUCGCAGACGUCGGACUCGUCGGUGAGCUCAGCGGCUAUUGUCUCGCCCCCGCCGGCGACGGCGGGAGCGCGCGCGGGCGCUGGCGCGGGCGCGGGAGAGACGGCCGGCCGGCGGGCAACUUCUACGCGGCAGGGUCUUCAGGGGCCGCUGUCGCCGAGGCGGACAGCGGAGUUGGCGGGCAGGGGGCCGGGCCAGGGCGGUGCUAAGGGCAGGGGGACGUCGAGGGAGGGGAGUGACGGGACGCCUAGUAUGGGGAGCAGUUUUAGUGAUCUGGAUGAUGCUUCGGUCACGCAGUCGGCGCUCGAAGAAGCGCUCGCCAGUGGCAUGCAGGACGGGACCAUCGGCAGCCGGAUGAGCGUCAUUGGGGGCACGAUCGGGCAUGCCCUCCGGAGCAGGUACCUGCCCAAGUCGAAUCGGCAUUAA